ACGUGACUUUUUCUGUACUAUGCAAUGGGGCUGAGUUGAGGGACUGCUUUGUCGCUUUCUUUCUCUUUGUUUUCGUUUUCGUCCAUUUCUUUUGGGUUCUUUUCACUUUAACACCGUCACCCUUCUUCUCUGAUCGUUAAUGCCAGCUCCUGUUGCACAGAUAUGGCUCGGCUCGUGAUCCUGACUCUAUUUUUCACCGCAACGUGGAUCUCUAACUGCAGUUUAGAGAUCAACCCACUGGUGAUGGAGGAGCAGUUGCUGUGGAUAAGUGGAAGCCAAGGUCAGGUGAACACUUAUAGGAUUCCACUCCUCACCUUCACUCCUCAGGGAAGUCUGCUGGCGUUUUGUGAAGGACGGAAGAAGUCUGCAGGUGAUUCUGGUGCCAAGUUUAUCGCCAUGAGACGCUCCACGGACAAAGGCUUCACCUGGUCCCCCACAGCCUUCAUAGUGGACGAUGGUGAGCAGCCGGACGGUCUGAACCUGGGCUCUGUAGUGGUGGACGAGGAGCUUGAGUCCAUCAUUCUGGUUUAUAGCGUUUGUUUCCAUGAGUACCAGUGCAAACCCUCCAGUAUCAUGAUGGUGGAGAGCCUGGAUGAUGGACUGAGCUGGAGCAAACCAAAAAACCUUUCCAUACAGUUGGGAGUCAAAGCAUUCGCACCCGGGCCUGGGUCUGGGAUACAGAAGAGGUAUGAGCCAGCAAAGGGGCGUCUGGUGGUGUGUGGACAUGGGACAAUAGAAGGAGACGGGGUUUUCUGUAUCCUAAGCGAUGAUCACGGUAAAAACUGGUACAAUGGAGCAGCCCUGAAAAGCAUCCCAUACAACCAGCCCAAGAAAUCAUUGGACUUCAACCCAGAUGAGUGCCAGCCUCUGGAGCUGUCUGAUGGUUCUAUUGUGAUUAAUGUGAGAAACCAGAACAACUACCACUGCAGAUGCCGCGUGAUUGUGCGGAGUUAUGAUGGAGGUCUGAGUCUGCCCAUUGACACAGUGCAAUUUGACUAUGAGCUCAUCGACCCAGUGGUGGCUGCUGGGGCUCUGGAGAAGGACGGAAUUAUAUACUUCACCAACCCACUCAACGAAGCAUACAGAGUUAACCUUACUUUGCGCUGGUCACUGAAUCAUGGUAAAUCUUGGGAGAAAAAAGCGGUCCAGAUUUGGCCCGGGCCCAGUGCAUACUCCUGCCUCACAUCUCUAAGGAGCGGAUCGGCCGAAGAUCGUAGAUACAUUUAUGUCAUAUACGAAAAGGGCCACAAAGUUUAUGACGAGACUGUUUCAUUUGUCAAGAUUCAUCUUUAUGGAGGUUUAUAGAGGUGAAAGCUUAAAAUUAAAGAUGCAUUAUGUAACUUUUCUGUUAGAGGGUCUCUACUUGUUUUGGUGGAGAUGUUAUAGCUGGAAGGUUCCAUAGCUGAAAAGUUCCACAGCUGUAAGGUUCCAAAGUAUAGUAUUAUUAAAGUUGUCCAUUUCCAUGGAGACAAGCAGGUGAUCUGGCCAACUAACAAGUAGGAAUUCAAGUGCUUCAAAAUCAAGUUUAAUGCCAUUCAGUGGAACAUUCCAGGCAAAGCAAUAACAUCUCCACAUAGACAAGCAGGUAAUGUAUCCCUCACCGGUAAAGUUACAUAUAUUACCAUUAAAGUAGCAAUACAACAAGCUCCACCGCUGGCUAAUAAGUGAAUAGAGAAAGGCGGUUGCAAAUGACUUUUCUGAUGACCAUUCCAGCCAGAUACUAGAGCGGCCUGCUACUAUUCUAUUAUUUGGAUGUAGGUCUUAAUGAAGUUAGUUAAUUUUUGCUGCACUAACAGGAAGAAAAUUCUGAAUUUUUCAUAUUGUGCCACUACAAAAUACAGCUCAAAAAACAUUUUCUGUAGCUGCUGUUUAAUUCUGAAGUUGUACUUAGGCCCAUAUAUGUUUUUGAUGCAUUUUGUCUUCCUUUCUCAGGGUUCAUUUAGGAAAUGAUGAACCGGAAGCAAUUUUUUUUCCACACCAUUUUCUCAGGAACAAAAGGGAUUUUUAUGUAAAUUGUUUUGACUCAAUGAUUGAAUGUGUCUAGAUUCAGGCUUUUUCUUAAUGUUUUUAUUAUGUGAAAUCUGUUUUUCUAGGUCUGAUUACCUUCAACUGUGUGGUAAAAUGUGUUCUAAUUUGCAGUUAUGGUUUUCUGCUAUGGUCAUUCACAAAGUGUACUUUUUUAAUCUUGAGAAAGUGAAAGGUUGUUUGUUUUUCUUGUUUUUUGUUUGUUUGCGCAGAUGUGACACAAUUAUUUUGAGAGCUUUGUAAAUGAACUGUAAAUGGAAAACAUUCUGUUCUGCACAUACUACAGUAAACUUUUGUAUAAUGUAAAUUAUCUUAUGAAGAUAGUGGUUAAGAAGAAUAAUCCAUUGUGUACAAAGAUCUGAUUUAAUACAUUAAUUGUAAAUGUAAACCCAACAAUCUUCUUAAAUAAACCACUUGACAGGGUACUGUCUGAGCUUA